UUUCGCGGUCUGUCGUGUCGCUCCCGUAAAACAGCAACCCGGAUUCAUUUCCAGCAUCCUUUUCUGCGAGAAGCUCGAUACACCGGUUGGCAGUGUUUUAAUUUGGCAAGUUGAGGUGCAAAUUGCUCCAAGCAGCAACACGCACGCAUGCAAUUUUUAGCGUGAGUGGUUCGGUUUGUCAAGGAGCGGCUUUCUGGGCACGCCUUGCCGCGUAGGGCCAUACAUCGGAAUGAGAGGGUCUGGUUGCGAAUGAGUAAUGGUGGCGACGGCGGUUGAUGGCGUUUUUGUGGUUGUGUGUUCGUAGUCUGGAGAACGUGUCGCUUUUACCGUGGUGCAAAAUUCGCUUUUCGAUUGAAGGUGAAGCGUGACCGUAGGAGGCUUAAACGAGUCUUCAUGUUCUCUAGAAUCUGAAGAGUCUUUCGUUUGGCCAAAGGUGUGGAAAGACAGUUUGUGCGUUGCGUGUGUACGUGUGUGUGUGUGUGUGGUGCUGUCUGGCGGCGUGAGGUAUUGUGAGCUUUAGACUGUGACUGCUGCCGGUAGUAGUGGAAAUUAAACGGUUUUUUUUCAUCUGGGACCGUUUUGUCAUAAGCCGGUAGGAAGAGCAGAAAAUGCGUUAAAUGAAACUCUAGCACAGUUGUGAGCGUGAAAAAACAAUAGUGAAUACAGAUUGCUAAAGUUUCUUUUUUUUGCCCCGUCUCCGCGAUGGCAGAAAGUUUCAUUGUGUGUGGCGGCGGCGGUGAAUGCGAACGUACGUGUGUAAGAGUGUGCGUGUGUAUGCAUGACUGUCGGCUUUUUGGAAUUGAGAAGACUCACGCUCUCGCACACUGUGGUGCUGUUGCUGGCGAGCGCGCGCGCGUUUGAAUGUGUGUGUGAGUGUGUGUGAGUGUGUAUCUGGCUGGAAGAAGCAGCGAGCGCAGGAAAGGAAGCACAAAAGACGGCUACGCGAAGCUGACGCAGCGACGACGCCGCACAGUAGUUCAAAGCGCAAGGGACGAGAGCGAAGAGUAUCGGCAUUUCGUGCAGGGCCAGGGCCGCCGCGGUUGUGUGUUGUGUUGGGUGUUUCGUUUUCUUUUAUUGUUUGCUGUUUUUGUAAAGCCUUUCCAUUUCCACUGCUACACUGCAGCUUCGAGUGGGGUGGGCGAAUUGUGCACCAGACGGGUAAUUGUCGUCCUGGAACAGUGUGGCAAGGGAGUGUGAAUAUUCUUUGUGAAAGGUAAUGGAUAGAGAAAGGUGGAUGCGAGCGCAGACACGUCUCGAACGAAUAACAUGUCGUUGCCAUUGAAAUCAAGCAACAAGGAACUGCGGGGAAGAUGUGUGUAGCGGAUGGGACAGGAACAACAGCCUUCUAGAUCGCCAAACAGUGCCAAGAGUUAUCUGGUUUCUUUUGCGAAUUCCACCAGGCACAUCCUUUCAACGGCAGUUUCGCUCCAUUCGCGGUGAAAAGUGUGCAUUUCAGCUAGAUUUGUCGUUGAAAUGUGUAGUUAAGUCCAAUGGGAAAGGGACGUGCAGUGUCCAUGGAACAGGUCUGACUUUGGGUGUGGUGUGUAGGAGGCGACGACAAAGGCUAGACGCAAGAAGAAAGACGUGAAAAGCGAAAGAAAAGAAAUAUCUGUCCGGACAGAAGGAACAACGACAGAAGGCUUUUGGAGCACGUUUGCUUGACGGCGAGCUAACCAACACACACACCACAACACCACCACCACCAAUUUGCGACUGUGUAAGUGCCCGCGUGGUAGAACGAGUGAGAGGAUAGCGUGAGAAUGAGAAACACAAAAAUGGCUAUACGCUUGAUACGUGUGAAGAGAGGGCAGGUGUAAGGUGAUAGCGUGUGCGCGAGCGUGUGUUGUGUGUGCACGUGAGUGCAUGUGUGUUAGUUGGUGGUGUUGUGUGUUGGUACUCGGAAACGGAAAGCAACUGACCUCACUGCCUGCCCAGCCCACUUCCUUCCACCAUCCUUCUUCCACUCUUUCGGUCAGGCUCAGUCAGGAAGGAAGGAAGAAGAAGAAGGGUGCAUGGGUUACGGGUGACAGAUGAAGAGAGGGCGGGUGGAUCGGACGCACACACCGGCAUAGAAGGGAAGCAAAAUGAACACGCAGCAACCCGUGAAAACAGUGGCGAAGCGAUGAAGCAGCCCAAAAGCGGAUGAAUGCACGCGCGUCGAGCCUUUAAGCUCGAGCCACACAACCACAGAUACACACAUACUCACCAGGUGACUGUAGGGUGAGGGUGGGGCAGGAGACGAGCGUGUGGCUCUUUUGCGCAAACUUUGAAUGGUUAUUGUUUUUGGAUCGGGCGCGGUGGCGUGUGCAGCUGUUCGGGAAAGUCUGUCUAAAUGGUAGAAUAUUUUAGUUCUGGAUCGAAGCAAGCUGAUCGUGGGGAAGAUUUCGUGGAAAAGAAGAGGAAACGCGUGAACUCCAUUCUGUUCUGUGCGCUACGUUACCUGUCAGCUGAUUUUAAUUUGGCAAAAAACGGUUUAAUUUAAAAACGCAUAACCUCUUUGGAACUGUUGUUUGGUGCGCUAUGCCAUUUUCCCUUUUUUGGACAAUUUUUAUGCAAUGAUGUGCAACAUGGUUUGCACUUUGACCUUUAUUUUUUUUUCUGUACAAACAUUCUGCCUCACCCCUACAACCGAUGGCAGGCGGGUGUGGUAUGCAUUGCACGUUUUUAAAGAUCCUGCAGACUUUAAAGUGGCGGGGGCUGCUUGGUGAUGGAGCACCACGGAGUGAACACAUUGCAUUUAAAAAAAACGUUCAUUUCAAAGGACCAUUGCAGAAUUGUGUGCAGAAAGAAAGGCUGGGGGGGGGGGGGGAGAGAAUUGAACAUGCGACUGUCACCUGCUCCGUUCCGUCUCUUUCUAUACAACGCAUGCGAAUGGCUUAUCGUUGCUAGCGCGCACUCUUUCUCAAAUCCAUCCGUCGGCUGCUUUCCCUCUCGCUUGCUCAGCGCGAGCGCGAAAGGGUUACUCUGGAGAGGGCGCCGCACGCGAGAGAUGCGUUCGCACAGAGCGUUCGCGCGCCCCCUUUCGGAAAGGGGGAUGGAGCACUAACCCCGCCGAGCGUAGCGUAGCGAGCGGAAGAACAGAAAAGGAAAGCAAUACACCCCACCCGGGGGGGUCGGUGGUGAUGGUGGUGUGGUGCGUGUGUGACGUUCCCCACCAUCGUCUCGAGCGAGGAGCUAGGCAGUGUUUGGUUGGGCCAAAAGCAACGCGCUCGGGAAAUUGUUCACUCAUUCGACAAAGUGCAAAGUGACCGAGCAGUCGUGUCGCGACACCGUCUCUCAUCGUCACCCGGGAGUCACAAACAAGUAUGAGAUUCUUGUGUGUGGCGUUGGAGAAUUGAGCGAAACACAGUGGAGAAGGAAAGGUGAAAAAAUAAAUAAAAAAAUAACAAAAGGCCUAGAAGCUGUCCGUGCUCUCGACCGUUUUUGUUGAUGGUAGUGUGCGUGCGCAGCUGUGAAUGUGUUGUGUAGAACGGCGGAGAAGAAAGAGCAUGAAAAUUAUUGUGAGUGAGUGAAACCGUAACCGACGACCGUAGUAACCUAACAGCAAGCAAAACGUAAAGAUCGGCCAACGAUCGUGUGUUGUAUAUUGAUUUUAAAACCCCCCAUUUUAAAAACGUGUGUGCAUAAACCUUCAUCAUCAACUGCAAACCCAUCAACUCCCUCUUUUGGGUGUGUGUGUUUUUUUGUGUUUUUGUGUGUGCGUGUUUGCGUGUGUGCAAGUGAGCGAACGCUGUUGUAACUGUUCUGGACGGAGCUGAUUAAGAGAGGAAAAAAAAAAACACACACAGGAUAAUCCAUCCCUUCCCCCGAUAGCAACGAUGGCUGAAGAUCUGCGAGACCGCAAUGAUCCGGAGCUGAAAUAUCUGUCCGUGGAGCGGAACUCUUUCAACGAUCCGGCCACGCAAGCCGAGUGGACACAGAAGCGGCUAGUUUGGGUGCCGCAUGAAUCACAGGGCUUCGUCGCUGCCAGCAUCAAAGGCGAGCGUGGCGAUGAGGUGGAGGUCGAGCUUGCCGAAACCGGCAAGCGCGUCCUGGUACUUAAGGAUGACAUCCAGAAAAUGAACCCGCCCAAAUUCGACAAAGUCGAAGAUAUGGCCGAGCUGACGUGCCUGAACGAAGCCUCCGUCCUGCACAACAUCAAGGACCGAUACUACUCCGGUUUGAUAUAUACAUACUCGGGGCUGUUCUGCGUGGUGGUCAACCCGUACAAGAAGCUGCCCAUCUACACCGAGAAGAUCAUGGAGAAAUACAAAGGCAUCAAACGGCACGAGGUGCCACCACACGUCUUUGCGAUCACAGACACCGCCUAUAGAUCGAUGCUUCAAGAUCGAGAGGACCAAUCCAUUCUUUGUACCGGCGAGUCGGGCGCUGGUAAAACCGAGAACACAAAGAAAGUUAUCCAGUAUUUAGCGUACGUCGCUGCAUCGAAACCGAAGGGAUCCGUCGCGACACCAACGCCAGCCCUGAUCAUUGGUGAAUUGGAGCAGCAGUUGCUUCAGGCGAACCCCAUUCUGGAAGCGUUCGGUAACGCCAAGACGGUGAAGAACGACAACUCGUCCCGUUUCGGUAAAUUCAUUCGAAUAAACUUUGACGCUUCGGGCUACAUCUCGGGCGCCAACAUCGAGACGUAUCUGCUGGAGAAGUCACGUGCCAUUCGCCAGGCGAAGGAUGAGCGUACAUUCCACAUCUUCUACCAGCUGCUGGCGGGCGCGUCGCCCGAACAGCGCGAGCGCUUCAUCCUGGACGACGUGAAGACGUACCCGUUUCUGUCGAACGGUGGGCUGCCGGUACCGGGCGUGGACGACUAUGCCGAGUUCCAGGCCACGGUCAAGAGCAUGAACAUUAUGGGCAUGACGUCGGAGGACUUUAACUCGAUCUUCCGCAUCGUGAGCGCGGUGCUACUGUUCGGCUCGAUGACGUUCAAGCAGGAGCGCAAUUCCGACCAGGCCACGCUACCGGACAACACGGUCGCCCAGAAGAUUGCGCAUCUGCUCGGGCUGAACGUGACGGACAUGACCAAGGCAUUCCUGACGCCCCGCAUCAAGGUGGGCCGUGACUUUGUGACGAAGGCACAGACCCGCGAGCAGGUGGAGUUUGCGGUGGAGGCGAUCGCUAAGGCGUGCUACGAGAAGAUGUUCAAGUGGCUGGUGAACCGGAUAAAUCGGUCGCUCGAUCGUACCAAGCGGCAGGGUGCAUCGUUCAUCGGCAUCCUCGAUAUGGCUGGUUUCGAAAUCUUCGAGCUGAACUCGUUCGAGCAGCUGUGCAUUAACUACACGAACGAGAAGCUUCAGCAGCUGUUCAACCACACCAUGUUCAUCCUGGAGCAGGAGGAGUACCAGCGGGAGGGCAUUGAGUGGAAGUUCAUUGACUUUGGGUUGGAUCUGCAGCCGACGAUCGAUCUGAUCGACAAGCCGGGCGGCAUUAUGGCGCUGCUGGACGAGGAGUGUUGGUUCCCGAAGGCAACGGACAAGUCGUUCGUGGAGAAGCUGGCAGCCGCCCACUCCAUGCAUCCCAAGUUCAUGAAGACCGAUUUCCGUGGCGUGGCCGACUUUGCGGUCGUGCACUAUGCCGGCAAGGUGGACUACUCCGCCACGAAGUGGUUGAUGAAGAACAUGGAUCCGCUGAACGAGAACGUGGUGUCGCUGCUGCAGGCGUCGCAGGAUCCGUUCGUGGUGCAGAUCUGGAAGGACGCCGAGAUUGUCGGUAUGGCCCAGCAGGCCCUAACGGACACACAGUUCGGUGCGCGCACGCGCAAGGGUAUGUUCCGUACGGUUUCGCACCUCUACAAGGAGCAGCUGGCCAAGCUGAUGGACACGCUGCGCAAUACCAACCCGAACUUUGUGCGUUGUAUCAUUCCGAACCACGAAAAGCGUGCCGGCAAGAUCGAUGCUCCGCUCGUGCUGGACCAGCUGCGCUGUAACGGUGUGCUCGAGGGUAUCCGUAUCUGCCGCCAGGGCUUCCCGAACCGCAUUCCGUUCCAGGAGUUCCGCCAGCGCUACGAGCUGCUCACGCCAAACGUCAUCCCGAAGGGCUUCAUGGAUGGUAAGCGAGCCUGCGAGCAGAUGAUCAAAUCGCUCGAGCUGGACAGCAACCUGUACCGCAUCGGUCAGUCGAAGAUCUUCUUCCGUGCGGGCGUGCUGGCGCAUCUGGAGGAGGAGCGUGACUACAAGAUCACGGACCUGAUCGUCAACUUCCAGGCGUUCUGCCGUGGGUUCCUUGCCCGCCGCAACUACCAGAAACGGCUGCAGCAGCUGAACGCGAUCCGCAUCAUCCAGCGUAACUGUGCCGCUUACCUGAAGCUGCGCAACUGGCAGUGGUGGCGCCUGUACACGAAGGUGAAGCCGCUGCUGGAAGUGACCAAGCAGGAGGAAAAGCUGGUGCAGAAGGAGGACGAACUGCGCCAGAUCCGCGACAAGCUCGAGAACUUGUCGAAGAACUCGCAGGAGUACGAGAAAAAGUACCAGCAGGCAAUGGAGGAGAAGACGCACCUUGCCGAACAGCUGCAGGCUGAGAUUGAGCUUUGCGCUGAAGCGGAAGAGGGUCGGGCCCGGUUGGUCGCUCGCAAGCAGGAGCUGGAAGAGCUGAUGCAGGAUCUGGAGUCGCGAAUAGAAGAGGAGGAGGAGCGUGUGAACGCGCUGACCAGCGAGAAGAAGAAGCUGCAAAUCAACAUUCAGGAUCUGGAGGAGCAGCUGGAGGAGGAAGAAGCCGCGCGCCAGAAGCUGCAGCUGGAGAAGGUACAGCUCGACGCUAAGCUGAAGAAAAUGGAGGAAGACGUCGCGCUGAUCGAGGACCAGAACCACAAGCUGGUGAAGGAGAAGAAGCUGCUCGAGGAGCGUGCCAACGACCUGUCCCAGACGCUGGCCGAGGAGGAGGAGAAGGCGAAACAUCUUGCCAAGCUGAAGGUGAAGCACGAGUCGACGAUCGCGGAGCUGGAGGAGCGUCUGCUGAAGGACCAUCAGCAGCGCCAGGAAGCGGACCGCUCGAAGCGCAAGAUUGAGACGGAGGUGGCAGACUUGAAGGAGCAGAUCAACGAGCGACGCAUGCAGAUUGAGGAGAUGCAGCAGCAGCUGGUGAAACGCGAAGAGGAACUGGCACAAACGCUCGUACGCAUCGACGAAGAGUCGGCGGCAAAGGCUGCGGCUCAGAAAACGCAGCGCGAGCUCGAAUCGCAGCUGGCCGAAAUUCAGGAGGAUCUCGAGGCGGAAAAGCUCGCUCGCUCCAAGGCUGAAAAGCAGAAGCGUGAUCUGAACGAAGAACUCGAGGCGCUGAAAAACGAACUGUUGGAUUCGCUGGACACCACUGCUGCACAACAAGAACUGCGUUCGAAGCGUGAACAGGAGGUGGCCACCCUCAAGAAGACCCUGGAGGACGAGUCGGCCAACCACGAGUCAACGCUGAUGGACAUGCGUCACAAACAUGCGCAAGAGAUUUCCUCCAUUAACGAACAGCUGGAAAAUCUGAAGAAGAUGAAGGGCGGAUUGGAGAAGAGCAAACAGCAGCUCGAGGCGGAAAAUGCGGAUCUUGCUACCGAAUUGCGCAACGUCAACCAAUCGCGCCAGGAGAACGAUCGUCGACGCAAGCAGGCGGAAACACAGAUCGCCGAGUUGCAGGUGAAACUUGCGGAUGUGGAUCGUGUUCGUGUCGAGCUGCAGGAUAAGGUGACCAAGCUGCAACAAGAAUCGGAAAACAUUACACAACAACUGGACGAAGCUGAGCUGAAGGCUUCCGCUGCGAUCAAGAGCGCCGGCAAUCUGGAGAGCCAGUUGACCGAAGCGCAACAGCUGCUGGAGGAGGAAACGCGUCAGAAGCUUGCCUUGAGCUCCAAGCUGCGUCAAAUCGAGUCGGAGAAGGAAGCGCUUCAGGAGCAGCUGGAAGAGGACGAGGAGGCAAAGACUAACUACGAGAAGAAGUUGGCCGAGCUGAACUUUACCAUCCAGGAGAUGAAGAAGCGCUCCGAGGAGGACUCGGACAUUGCCAAGGAGCUGGAAGAGUCGAAGAAGAAGAUGAACAAGGACAUCGAGACGCUGCAGCGCCAGAUCCAGGAGCUGCAGGCUGCCAACGAUCGUUUGGACAAGAGCAAGAAGAAGAUCCAGUCCGAGCUGGAGGAUGCCACGAUCGAGCUUGACACGCAGCGCACCAAGGUGUUGGAGCUGGAGAAGAAGCAGAAGAACUUCGACAAGGUGUUGGCUGAAGAGAAGGCCAUCAGCGAGCAAGUGGCCCAGGAACGCGACGCAGCAGAACGUGAGGCGCGCGAGAAGGAAACGAAGGUUCUGUCACUUACCCGCGAGCUGGACGAAGCGUUCGAGAAGAUCGACGAGCUGGAAACGAAACGCAAGGGUCUGCAGAACGAGCUGGAUGAGCUGGCAAAUACACAGGGAACAGCCGACAAAAACGUGCAUGAGCUAGAGAAGGCGAAGCGGGCCCUCGAGAGCCAGCUGGCCGAACUGAAAGCACAAAACGAAGAGCUCGAGGAUGAUCUGCAGCUGACCGAGGACGCCAAGCUGCGGUUGGAGGUUAACAUGCAAGCCCUGCGCGCACAAUUCGAACGCGACAUUCAGGCGAAGGAGGAGCAGUCGGAAGAGAAGCGGCGCGGGCUGGUGAAAGCUUUGCGCGAUCUGGAAGCCGAGCUGGACGAGGAGCGCAAACAGCGUGCGGCAGCGGUCGCUGCUAAGAAGAAGCUCGAGGGCGACCUGAAGGACAUGGAGGCGACGCUCGAAAUGAACAACAAGGUGAAGGAGGAUGCCCUGAAGCAGGCCAAAAAGCUGCAGGCCCAGAUCAAGGACGCCAUCCGUGACGCCGAGGAAGCUAAGGCGGCUAAGGAGGAGUUAGCUGCCAUUAGUAAGGAGUCGGAGCGCAAGGUGAAGACGCUCGAGGCGGACCUGAUGCAGCUGACCGAGGAUCUGUCCAGCUCGGAACGGGCGCGCCGUGCCGCGGAGGGCGAACGCGACGAGCUUCUGGAGGAGAUCAAUUCCAACUCCAGCAAGGGUUCGCUCAUGAUCGACGAAAAGCGACGCCUGGAGGCCCGCAUUGCCGCCCUGGAGGAGGAGCUCGAGGAGGAGCAAUCGAACCUCGAGCUAAUGGUGGACCGAAACCGCAAGGCCCAGCUCACAAUCGAACAGCUCACCACCGAGCUGGCGACGGAGAAGUCGAACUCGCAGAACAACGAAACCCUCAAGUGCGGCCUGGAGCGACUGAACAAGGAGCUGAAGGCGAAGCUGUCCGAGCAGGAGACGGCACUGCGCACGAAGCUGAAGGCGGCAACGGCCGCCUCGGAGGCGAAGAACUUGAACCUGGAGAAGCAGCUCGAAAACGAAACAAAGGAACGGUUGGCCGUGCAGAAGGCUAACCGCAAGCUGGAGAAACGCAUCAAGGAGCUGACGAUGAACAUCGAAGACGAGCGACGACAUGCCGAUCAGUACAAGGAGCAGAUCGAAAAGGCCAACAACCGCAUGAAGACGCUGAAGCGCAACCUGGACGAGGCGGAAGAAGAAAUCCAGAAGGAAAAGACACUGAAACGAAAGGCCCAGCGCGAGUGCGAAGAUAUGCUUGAAAGCCACGAAGCGCUAUCGCGGGAAGUGAAUGCGCUCAAAUCAAAACUGAGACGAGGUGGUGCAAUGGGCAGUUUGAGCUCGACCCGAUUGACGCCGAAGCGCGAGAACGACUCGAUCUCGGUGCAGGAUGAAUCGCUCGAUGGCGAAGAUAACAGCAACUGACGAAAGACGUCUUCCAAUGGCAACAAACAGCAGCAGCAGCAGCAACAGUAGUAGUAUCAUUCGCAAACAAAACACCAACACAAAACUCUACCAACCACCAUUCCGGCAAACCUUUUUACGGAGGAUCGAGUGAGCGACAGUUAGCGAGAGAGAGAAAGGGAGGAAAAGGACAGCGCGCAACAACAAAAACUGAAACCAACAGGUGGUUAGGCCGUAAAUCGGUGUGUUUACCAGCAAUAACGGGACGAGCAAAACGCUUUUUGCGGUGUGGGUAACGUAGAAAAUGCAAUUAAAGUAUCAAAAACAAACGACCGCACACAGACAAACACACACACACGGACAGGGAAGGAUAUAUCAUCGACAUUUGCAAUAAUGUACAUUUUUCUAACAAUACAUUUACUGCAACUAUUUACCAUCGAAGUAGUUAACGGUUUCCGGUUUGUUGACUGACGGGGGGACUGUGUGGUAACUGUGGCGCCAUGUGUUAUGUGUGAGUGUGUGCGCGCGCGUAAUAAGGAGAUGAUUUCCUUUCUAUGUUUUCCACGCUUUCCAUCCCUCCCUGUCGUGCAUAUCUGGCUAAUAUAUUGUACGUACGCUUUAUAUCAAAGUUGAUUUUUAUGUAAAAUGCGCAACAAUUGUGUGUGUGCGUGUGUGUUUGUGUUGGUGGGGAAGGUGCAGCGAGCGCGUAUUUGUUCACAUUCCUGAUACUUUUGUGAUGAGCCAAGGAUAAAACAUCAUAUCUUAAAAUGGGUUUUAAAAGUAACGUUUAUGUUGCCCGUUUGUUUAUUUCCUAUUUUUUUUAAAUAAUGCAAUUCCUUUGUCCUCUUUACACGCGAGUUGACAGUGACAUGAAGAAGUAAAGCGGGAGAGUGCAUUUAUUGGGGGGGCAGUGGAGACACCGAAUCCUAUCGAGCACAAUACCUACCGAAAUGGCUGAUUGGGAAGGGAAGGGAAUGACAGCGCCAAGACGAGCGAAUGAUGAUGAUGAUGUUAAAAGUAUCUGUGUGCGUGUUUACCGUUAGCAAAGUGCCAUGUUUAAUAACAAUCAAAUCUAGAUAGAUUGGGAAAAAACGGGAGAGAGGGGAAAGACAUGAAAGAAGAACCCCAAAACAGCGAAAGAUUGUUAGAUGAAUGGAUUGAAGUGUAGUAAAGUGCUCAUUAAAUGGGCACUUGCAGUUGCAGUCGUCUGUCAUUCCCGCGCCCAGCUCUCGUCAAAGGGAUCACGGUCCCCCCAUCCUCUACGAUCUUUUGACCCUUGUUGUGUCCCUUUUUGGCUCGCGUUAUGCUGGUUUUUUGCCCCUCCGCAUCUCCUCGAUUAGCCGGCAAUGAGUGUGUUUGUGUGUGAGUGUGUGCGCACACUUUGUCCAUGUGUUUAUUUGUUAAGUUGUUGUGUCGAUUGUUUCAAUGUCAAAAAGCCCAAUCAAUUCACCACCUUGCUGGCAAAUGUUGUUGACGGUGUUGUGAGCAGCGGCGAUGCGUCGGUACUCUAGAUGAAGAGAAGCACUUAAUAAGGGGAAGAAGGUUCAUCACGCACACUGGCGUUUGCUCUUAGCAUAGUGUAAAGGGAGGUGAAAAAGAUAAAAAAAAGAUUGAAUAGAGAGAGAAACAGAAAGCAUAAUGGAAAAAUGGAAGAUGAUCGUUAAAUAGCAAGAAAAAGAGAGAGAGAGAGAAAGAACGAGAAAAUGCGCAGCAGGAUUUUCUGUUUUGGGUUUAUUAUUUUUUAUUUCGUAUUUUCUGAUUUUGAUUAUUAUUUAAUGUUUUUUUAAUUCUUUCUAUUUUCGUCCUUUAUUUAACUGUGUAUUAUUACUUUUAUAAUUAUGAUUAUUAUUACUAUUACUUUAAAAAAUCGAAUCGAUCCACAAUUCCGCCGCCGCCGCCGUUGCAGAGCGCAGAAAAGCCUUGAAAAUGAAUCGAAUUCCUUACGCUGUGUGAGAGGAUGGUUUAAACACGAGAUAUAGAGAUUGCACGGGAGAGAGAAGGAGUGAGAAGGGAGGAUAAAUACGCCACCACCAACAUGUCCUUAGAAGGAACUACACCCGUUUUGCUACUGUACUGUAUCGCUACACACCGCUCUCCUAAUCAAAAUGCGACAACAAAAGUUGGCGCAAACACGUCGAACUCUAUACGAAUGAUCACUCACAAAAGCAACACCGGACCUCCUCGCUCGCCGCCUUCUCACCCGCUCCCGUUUUUCUACAUCCUCCACCGCCUUCCUAUCCCCUUUCCCAUGUUACAUACAUUUAAUAAGCCCCAUGUACUUUUUUAUAGGAAAGAAGAUGAUGAUAAAUCGGACACACAGCUGUGCGUUUGCAGCAAAUGAUUAAAAUUGAUAAUAAAAAUAUCGUUUAAAUAUUGAAAACAUUAAA